GGUAAAAGGCAGUGUUGGUGACACAGGUGUGGAAGGUUGAUUGCAGGUCGUCUCGGCUCUUUUUGACCCAAGAGGAGAGAUCAUAAAAGGAAAACUGAAUCUGAGCGAAUACGGCCCAGGUGGCCGUCCUGAGAAGUGGAUUUAGUUUUCUCAAGGAAUUUGGAAAUCGGCCGAAUCUUCAUAAGAAAUUACCGAAGGUGUAAUACAAGUGGUAUCACACCACACGUAAUGUACGCCUCAGAGUAUUAAUUCUCCCUACAGGACUAAGAAUGACGAAUGGAACAUCAGACAGUAGGAGAGUAUGAAGGAUGAAAAUACCGACAUUCAGUUUAAAAGAUAUGUAGCCCCGCGGCCCGGUCCAUCACCAGCCUGAUCAACCAGGCUGUUACUCCUGGCCGCGCACAAACCGACGUACGAGCCACAGCCCGGCAGGCAUACCUUACUAAAACAUAGGGUCGCAUCAUAACACCAUCUGCGACUCCACAGUGUCUCACUCCCUACGAGCCACGUGGGGCGGGGAAGGUGGCAGACCAGUUACCUUGGUUUUCCCUACGAGCCUCAUGUUCAGGGGGAUUAUACCUAGGAUUAGAGACAUCGUGUCCCUGAAGUUGAAACGGGACAGCUCUUCACAAGAAAAGAUAUUAUGAAUGUCACGAUACUUCUCCAAUGGGGAGCCGAGGCCAGGUCACCUCUUGGAAAAGACCUGAGCAGCAAAAUGCUGCGAAUCUCUACCAGCCAAUUAACCAAAUCUAAGAAACUACAGAUGCCUAGGAACAGUUUUCAAGGAGUACCAGAUUUAGAAGCUUAUGCAUGUAAAGUUUUGCUAGCCUGUCUAUGAUUUGUUUGCCCGCAGUCAAAAUGGAAGAGGCACAAACUGUAGUUAUUCAAGUAAACAAUGCAGAUUGGGAUCAACAAACAAUGCCAAAUUUUGAGCACCUUCAAGUAACUAAUUUGGCUACAAUAGAGUGUGGUGCUGUACAAGAGGUAUCUAACAUCGGUGAAGUUGUUACUGAAGAAUCGACUCCAGCUGAGCCCCAUCAGGAACUAGUGAAAUUGGAUUUUAAAAAACUAGAGACUACAGAGAGUACAGAAAAUGAAGCAUCAUUUAUGCAGUAUGAGUGUCCUUAUUGUUAUUUGAAAUGUAAAACUAAAUUUUCUUUUAAUUCUCAUCUUAGACUUCACACUGUAGAAAAGUCAUUCAUUUGUGAAAUAUGUGGAGACUGCUUUAAGACCAAGGCAGCAACAGACAGGCAUAUACGACUACAUUAUCAUAAGAAAGAAUAUUUCUGUGGAAUGUGUGGCUCUGAGUUUGCUACUAAAUUUUCAUGUACUAAACACAUGAAGAGCUCUCACAGAGUCCCAUCCAAUGACAUAAAUAUUUUUAGGUUGAAAGAGGAAGUGUUAGAUGGAGGGGAAAAUGUUCUCCUUAUCAAAGUAUUUAGGAAUGGAGAGACAUAUAAAAGGAGGUUCAGAUUCAUUAAAGAGAUUUAAGUGAAAUAAUGAUUCAAACAAAAUAAUUUGUUUUUUUGUUGUAUGUUAAGCUAUAAGGUAAUUUGAAGGAAAAUAUCUUGUAAUGAAA